UCAUGGGGCUGGGCAACUCUUAAGCUACAGUGACAAUGACAGCUGUUGAGAGAUUAUACUGAGAGAAAGAGAGGGAGAAAUAGUGAGACAGUCAGACGCACAGAAAUCAGAGAGAGAGAGAAAGAGAGAGAGAUUUAGGGGGAGAGAGAGUGAGUUGGGAGUUCGUCAUUAUGGCGUCUUAUUAGCAACAUACAGAACAGCUCUGUCAAGCUUUUCUUAGCAUAGCAACUUUGCUAGACUCAUAUCCAUCAUCCCCGGAGGAGAAGGUUUCACAGUUUCACCUGGAUACUGGAUGGUUCAUAUUGAAAACUAACCACAUUUCGCAGAUUUGAGGAAGUGUAAACUAGUUUCAACCCCCCCCCUGAGGGACAGAAUCUGAGUCAGCUGUAAGGAUCCAGCAGAUUUCCGAUGUUCCUUUUGAGGCAAAACAUCUCGAGGCAGCAGUCUCGUAGAGACGAUGCUCCUCGGGUCCUCGGGCAAUGGCCGACUAAAAGCUACACAAUGGACGACGUAAAAAGGCAGUUAAGGCGCAAAAGCAGCCAUGAUCGGAGCCUGACGUCAGCCAACCGGAUUCGCAAACACACCAUCACUCACUUUGGCUACAUCACACUGAACCUGGCCAUGAGGGACCUGCAGGAAGCUCCUGCUGAUCUGUGGGAACUCUGUGAGCUGGAGAAGCUCAACCUGUCCAUGAACUUUCUGUGCAUGCUGCCGCCUGAUCUGGGGGCCCUGGAGAACCUGGUGGUGCUCAACAUUUGGGGGAAUGAGCUGGUCAGUCUUCCACCUGAGAUUGGGCUCCUACGGAAUCUCAGGGUACUCUUCGCCUACAGCAAUCGCCUCAGCGAGGUUCCGGAGGAAUUGAGCGACUGCUCCAAACUUGAAGUCCUCAGCCUGGCCAACAAUCAGCUGACCGGACUCCCAGGUAAGAUUGCAUACAUGGGAAGGCUGACCAAGCUCAACUUGAGCAACAACCAGAUGGCACACAUACCUGCCUGCAUCUACACCAUGAAGAACCUCGUCUUCUUGGACUUGGCUCACAAUGUUCUGGAAAACAUUGCUGAGCAGAUCCAGGACUUGGUCAAUCUAAAGAUCUUGAUCUUGGAAGGGAACCGCAUUCGAACACUGCCCAGGAAUCUGUGCUUUCUGAACGAACUGGAGCUCCUCAAUGUGGACUACAAUGACCUGCAGAACAUUCCAACAGAGAUGUACCUACUCAAGAAGCUGGAGAAAUUGGCCUGCCAUCCACUGGAUAAGGGACUUCACAUAGUCCACAAUCCUCUUCAGAAACCCAUACAGGAAGUUAUUGGAGGAGGACUGAAGGCGUUGUAUAACUACCUCAAACCAGCCUGAGAAAGGCUAACAAACAAAUGUUUUAAACAGAAGUCACAGGUAUUGCUGCGACAACAAAAGCGUGGUGUAAUUUCAUAUUUUAUAUGAAGAAUACCUCACUUGUAGCUCUUUGAAGCAUAAGGCGAAAUUCUGUACAAUCUGUGAAUUCUAAAAUUCAAUAUUUUAGAAUGCAUUUUUUUGCCUACAUGGAAGAGGAAGUAUUUUGUUAUAGUUUGACUUGAAGUAUUAAUUUUUAAUGUAUAGUCUUUAUAUCCAUGUUGUUAUUUUCUGAUAUUGAAGCAAAUGGAAAAACUCAGACAUGCAGACAAGAUAUUAAAAACACAUACUUUUUAUUAAUUGUCAGAAUGUGUGACUACCUUUAUUAAGUCCAGAGAUUUAUAUAGUAUGGGUGUAAACAACUGUACAAAUUUUACAUUGGUGAGAUUUUUUUAUUAAAUCUAUACAGGAAAUGUAGUAUCAUUCUUAUAGGAAUUAUUAACAUGUAGCAUGGGAAAUAUCAAUAAACUGUCUGGACAGUUUCUUUUUUGCUGUUUGAAUGUUGGAGCUAUACACUAUAUUGUAUUUUGGUGUUGUUUUGUUUCAUUCCACCUGCAGCAUGUGAAGGCAUGUUUAACAUUGUCUUGUUAAAAUGUUUGCUCCUUUUCCAACUUCUUCUGGAAUGUGUUGCAGGAUUAAAAAGCGUAAAUGGAUGUAUAUUAACACAUUUAAGAAAAAGCACACAGCAAUUUGUGUUGGCUUUUUUGGAGAAUGCCAUAUAAUAAGAUAUAUAAUAAUUAAAAGUAUUAUCAAUUCUGAGAUAUCAUAUAUCAGAUAUCUGUUAUGUAUAUGGUACAGUAUGUAGACAUCUGGCUCUUUGUUACACAACAUAAACAAAUCUGUAGACGUGUUCUUGCUUGAUUAAAUAAGCUCAUAAUUAAUGUGAUCAAAAUAAGCUUUUAACAGCUCAGAGCCAAUUUGUUGUUCUCCGGAUCUGAACUUAGAGUAACAACAACUUGAUUUGAAGGAGUGUCUGAUGAAAUCUGUCUUUGGGAGCGGGUUUCUCCAUUUUUAUGCUGGAAAAUGUUUAGGAACGGAAACAAACCGUCAUUGUGAAGUGUCUGAAUGAUGUGUGCAUUUAUGUGCUUUCUUUUUUUUGUUUCUGCUUUUCCGCACCUGUCAGUUGUCACUGUUUUUAAAGUUGAUAUGCCUUUCUGAAAACCCCCAUGAGGGCUUCAUUCACUUUUAUAAAUAUUUGGUAUUUUUUUUUAAAUGACAGCUGAAGCUCCAGCUUUUAUCUUCUGAAUCGACUGUGUUAACUGGCCGUGGAGCUGUUUUGAGAGUGGGUCAUCAGAUCAGGGUGUGUGUCUCUAUUUCAGUCCGUGUUUUAGCCCUGUGGAAGCUGUGAGCUUAGCCAUGUGCAGGCUUCAUCGGGGGUCGGGGUACAGAGUGGGCUGCCUUCUUUUAGACCCCUUAAUCCGGCCUUACAUACACACACACACCACACCAUACUUAUGUAGCCUACAGUUGUGUUACAGUAUAUGGUAGGGUUUUAUUGACUUGUGUGCUCACAAUUAAACCAAACCCUGCUUAACCUCUGUAACCAAAUAUAUAAUACACUUCUUGAAAUGAGAAAAAUACACAAAAAUAAAGUUUCUAUAUUCAAACCA